GCACUUGCCACAUAUGUUACAUAGCAAAACUAUCCUUGUGGUUAUAUCCGUUUGAAACUACUAGUUAGACUAUAUAAAAAGCAGAUAUAUGAUGUGUGUAAUCUAAAUCGAUCUAAUGGUAUCAUUAGUGUCAUUUGAAUCAUAACGCUGCACCUGAUUGAAUAAAUACCAAGAAGAUGUUAUAGCAUCAACAUAUCGCAAUUUCGCCUAUACUGAAUCAUUGUUAAUUAGAUACAAUGUUGAGAUCAUUCAACUCUAACGGCUAUAAGGUUUAUGCCUUGUCUGCCGGUAAAACUGAUCCUAUGUUUCAUGUGAAAAAGAAGGCAAAAACAAAGAAAUCGAACAGUGAUGAAAACUCGAGAGUGGAAUUGAUCCAUGAUCUAGAGUUUCCACAGGCAUGUAAUACAGUCGACGUAUCCCCGGAUCAUCAAUAUAUCAUCGCUACAGGUGUUUACCCACCACAAAUCGGUAUAUACGACACUAAUGAGAUGACCUUGAAGCAUAGAAGAGGUAUUGAUCACGAAGUAUUGAAGACUGCGUUCCUGGAAGAAGAUUAUACUAAGCUGGCAUUUUUAUGUAAGAAUAGAGUAAUUGAAUUUCACGAUCGAGGAGGGAAAUACUAUUCUGUACGAAUACCUAAGGAAGGUCGCGACAUGAAAUACAUCUCAGAUAAUGCAUCAAUAUUUACAGUGUCAUCCAAUAAUGAAGUGUACCGUCUGAAUUUAGAAAAGGGGGCUUUCGAGGUACCUCUGAAAUCAGUAUGCAGCUACCUUAACUGCAUAGCAGAAAACCCAAUUAUCCCAGUGGUUUCAGCAGGAGGGCAAGGUUCUAUUCUUGAAAGCUGGGAUCUCAGAUGUCAAAAAUCAAUAUCGCAACUACUAUGCAAUACCCAGGAUACCGAUGAUAGCGUUACAUACUGUACAUAUGAUUCUAGUGGAAUGAAAAUAGCAGUGGGCACAGCCAACGGAUACUUGAAAUUAUAUGAUAUACGUAAUACAAAGCCUUUAUGGGAAAGAUUACAUGUUAAUGAAGAAGCAGUGAAGCAUAUUGAAUGGGUAGAUUCACUUAACCAUGCAGCCACAGGAGUUGGCAAAGAUACGUUAAUAGCAUGGUCGGAUCAUAAAAGCGUCAGGAUACAAAACUCAGAAGAUGGAGAUUUUAUUGCAUCUAUAGAAGGAUUGGUCACAGAUAACAAGAACCAGAUCACCAACAUCAACUCAUUCAGAUUCUUUCCGGAUACUGGUAUAUGUUUUGUGGUUGGUGACCAUACAAGAGUUGGGACUUAUUUCCUUCCUACUAUAGGAGCUGCGCCACAAUGGUGCUCAUUCCUUGAAAACAUCACCGAAGAAAUGGAAAUACCGUCAGGAGCGUAUUCCGGAAAUGCAGAGACACAGGCAUAUGAAGAUUUUGUGUUUGUGACUAAAGAUCAACUGGAAGAGCUUAACGCGCUACAGUUAAUCGGUACCAACAUGCUCAAGGAUUAUAUGCAUGGGUACUUCAUAGACAGAAAUGUAUACCAUGAUCUAAAGGAUGUUGCUAAUAACUUUGAUUAUGAAGCAUAUAGAAAGAAGAAGAUACAAGAGAAGAUCGAUGCAAAGAGGAAUAUGAGGCUACCAUUACGUAAGAAGAAGGUGGAGCCCGUUGUUAACGAGGAAUUGCAAGAAGAGUUACGUGAAACUGCAGAAGCAGAGAAUAAGAAGGGAGCGUCGAAGAAACAGCGUGAAAAGGCAAGAUUUGCAAAGGCAGCAUUACAAGAUGAAAGAUUUGCAAGAAUAUUCACUGAUGAAAACUUUGCCAUUGAACGGGUUGAUGCAUCAGAAAUCAACAAAUCAAGGAAGCACUUAGAUAACUAAAUUU